UUCGCUUUAUCAAGUUUAACGCAAAUGUAUCCGAACUUUUUAUUCACUGAUUAUCUAUCUUUGUAAAUAAAUUAUUCUGUGCAUACGUUGUUCUUUAUAUGUCUAUGAUGAAAUGAUUCAAUGUUUGUAAUCUUCUACUCGGUGACCCCGUGUUAUCAUGCAGCUUACUAACAUCUAAAUAUUCUCAUAUUACUAACUUUCUAUUUUCUUAUCAUUACUGCAGAAUGCAAAAUGGAAGCGAACUUUUGCUCUUUUUAAUUUUCUAAUUGUUCAGUAUUUAAGUACGACCGAUGAUAUAUGGCACGGAACUAAUGGAUCUUAAAGCUCCGCAGAAAUAGAAUUAAUUAAAUAAAUGGGAUUAAAUAUUUGUCGAGAGUUUAUAAAAUAAUUCUUGAUAUACUUGAGGAUUUUCAAAAUACGAUCUAUCGCGCUCUCCCUCCCAUUGCAUUCAGCUCGUCCGAAAGUCAGCUGUGCAUCACGAAUGGCAUUGGCACUGCGCAUUGUGUUUGCGUUAUUAGUAUCACGGGAAGACGUAUAAUUCAGUUACUCGUGUAAGAAUUAAAGUAACGCCUCAUGGAACGAUUUUGUCUCGAAUCUUGAAUCCUCCACAGCUUCGUAAUAUGCGUAACACAUAAGGAUAUAUAGUGUACGAAUUAUUGUUAUUAAGUAAGGUUACCUACCUGUAAAGGAUCUCGAAGCUAGAUUACGAAUUGUGAAAAUGUCAUUUUUACGGGGGUCGACGAAUUUCGUUUGGUGCACGACUAGCGUUCUCGGCAAGGGUGCCACCGGUGCGGUUUUCCAAGGGGUGAAUAAGAACAACGGGGAACCCGUUGCCGUGAAGACAUUCAACCAGCUGAGUCAUCUGCGUCCGCACGACGUGCGGAUGCGGGAAUUCGAAGUCCUCAAGAAGGUAAAUCAUGAGAACAUCGUUCAGCUGCUGGCGAUCGAGGAAGAGCAAGACGGUCGUGGCACGGUGAUUGUCAUGGAGCUGUGCACCGGAGGCAGCCUCUUCAACAUCCUCGACGACCCGGAGAACACUUACGGAUUAGCCGAAAGCGAGUUCUUGCUAGUUUUAGAACAUUUAACUGCUGGGAUGAAGCAUUUGCGGGAUAACAAUUUGGUACAUCGAGAUUUGAAACCAGGCAAUAUAAUGAAGUUCAUUGCUGAUGAUGGUAGCACGAUUUACAAGCUCACCGACUUUGGUGCUGCCAGAGAAUUACAAGAGGAUCAACAGUUUGUGUCUUUAUACGGCACAGAAGAAUACUUGCACCCGGACAUAUACGAGCGAGCAGUUAUGCGUAAACCUGUUGGUAAAACGUUCGGAGCAACUGUGGAUCUAUGGUCCAUAGGUGUGACUUUGUAUCACGUGGCUACGGGAAAUUUACCGUUCAGACCUUUCGGUGGUCGUAGGAAUAAAGAAACAAUGUUCUAUAUCAUCACGAAAAAGGCCUCCGGUGUUAUAUCCGGUGUACAGACUUCCGAUAAUGGGCCGAUCGAAUGGAGCAAAGAAUUACCGCAGAACUGCCAGCUGAGCGUCGGUCUGAAAAAGAUCGUUACUCCUUUACUGGCCGGUUUACUUGAAGUCGAUCCUCAGAAGAUAUGGAGCUUCGACCGGUUUUUCACAGAAGUGACGGACAUGCUUUGCAGAAAGCGUGUUCAUAUAUUUAAUAUACACAAGGGCAGUCUGAUCAAAGUUUUCUUACACCCCGAAGAGAAACUGACUGCGCUUCAAGUGCACAUACAAGAUCAAACGGAUAUCGCGCCCCAUGCACAAAUACUUCUAUGCGGAGAUACAUUUUUAACUAACGUCGUCGAAGAAUCGACCCCUGGGAAGGGUUAUCCGAAUACAGACGAGACCAAGCCACUGAUGUUGUUCUCCAAGGAGAACAAUAACGUUGAUAGACCUGUGGAUUCGGAAUUAACGGAGACUAAAUUCCCAGUAUUCGCGAGCAUCAUCUCCGUCGAGAAUGACGCUAGUCAAGCAAAAAUAGCUUGUUCCGUCGGCUACGUCUGUAAAAGGAGAAUUGACAAAUUAGUGGUGUGUACCAAGUUAUCGCAGGACGCGGUGGAGGCUUUCAGUAGGCUCGUCUCGGCGGAGCUUGCGAGACUGUUGGAAAAAUGUGAGCACUUGAAGGAAUUGACGAAGGCUGUGGAGGACACGGCUGCGGCAGUGGAAAGAAGCGAGAAUCUCGCCUGGCAAGUUUCUAGGAAGUUUGCGAGUCAGAGUGCUUUAGAGAUGAAGAAUUGGAAGAAAGACUUGGAAUUGAAAAGCAAAGAGUUUACGGUCGAAUUAGUUCCUGCAGUGGUGCAGCUUCAUCAAAGGUAUGUGAAAGAGGGAAGUUUACGCGGAGGAUGGGACAGUAUCAUUCACGGAUUAUGGUGUCCAUGCGCGAAUAAAUCAAGCCAAAAAGCUGCGAUUCUAGUUGAUCGUUUACGAGACGGCUGGCAGCAUUUACUGAGAGACAGGGCUACUCGUAAUCUUACGUACAACGACGAACAAUUUCAUAUUUUGGAACGAAUGAAGGUGACGUCCACGGGUCAAAGAAUUAAAGCUCUUCUUGAAACGUUUUGCGUACCUGCUACAAGGAGUCGGUGGGAGUGCGUUGCCGAUUGGUAUAAAAUGGCCCAAACAGUUUUCUUGCAAACUCAAAUCUUGGACAAGGACGUAGAGAAUUAUGUACGCGUGUUAGAGACGUACUCGUAUCGUUUGUCUCAAGAGAGUAAAGAACGUUACGAGAACUUCUUGCAUUUAGUGGAUAGAUUCCCGGAGAAAAUAAAAACUACCGAGAGGACAAAUUUACCUGCCCAAGAAAGUACAAAGAAAUGGAAAAAUAUUUGUGUUGUGCAGGAACAAAUUGCAAUGAUUCUGUAUGCGAACGGUGCGCUGAUAGAUCAACUCGACCGUUUAUCAACGGUUGACAGUUUGCCCGAUACGGACGAUUCCGAAUACACGUCACUUUAGCAAGAGCGUGAUUAGUUUCUGUUAUAUAUUUGACGAGACUAAGACUGACAGUAAUAUUUCAAACUUUUAUUCGUAAUAUUUCGUUUAAAUAAGAAAUGUAUCUAAAACAGUUGUAUAUAAAAGAAUGUACAUUCACAUUUCUUCUAUGAAGAAGAUAGAUGAGCUUUAA